AUGACGAUUUCACGGAUAACCUUGGGCGAAAAAAAGAAAGAGGUUCCGGACGAUGGGGAAUUGAGUAAGGAAUUUAUUUUGACAUUUUUUGAUUUUCUCAAGGCAAAAUAAUACGAAAAUCCGAUAGAAGGAACGAUUUGGAAAGGCGGAUAGAAUGUAAAAUACGAAUUAGCAUAGUAUUCAUAGUUUUAUUUCCAAUUUGACCCAUUUUCUGGAGAUUUGACAGCUUUUUUGCAUUGGCGAGCUGCGCCCGAACUUGACUUUUUUUCUGAGUUUUUUCUGGGGUUAAAAUACGAACAAACUUGUCGGAUCAGCAAAAUUAGAUUUUUUAUUAUUUUUUUGUCAAAUUUUGAUAUUGAAGGCUUGGCAGCUCGCGCCCUGUCAAAAUUUUUAUUCCGCAACUUGCGCCCGCAAAAAUGAAUAAUAAAUUUUAUAAAAGUUCUUGAAGGAAAGUUUUUGAUACUUUUGCUUUUUUUCUCUUCAUUUUUGAAGAAAAAACCGGUCCGCAGCUCGCGCCCUAUCAAAAUUUUUAUUCCGCAGCUUGCGCCCACAAAAAUGGAUAAUAAAUAUUAUGAAAGUUCUUGAAGGAAAGUUUUUGAUACUUUUGCUUUUUUUAUCUUAAUUUUCGUUAAAAAAAUCGGUCCGCAGCUCGCGCCCUAUCAAAAUUUUUAUUCCGCAGCUUGCGCCCGCAAAAGUGGAUAAAAAAAGUUUCGAAGGAAACCUUUUGAUACUUUUGUCUUUUCUCACCAUUUUGAAUGGAAAAAUUGAUUUUUUAGAUACUCAAAAAAUUAACUAUCAUACAUAUUUUCAGUAAUUCCCGUCACAAACCCGUUCAGGACCCAUUUACUGGAUUUGCCCAGCCAAAGGAAAGCCAAAACCAUUCUCGAUGACCAUUGGUAUGACAGUGAAUCCGAGGAUUUGGGCGAAGAAUGGAAUUCCGGAGCGGGCGAGGUUUUGGAUCAGAUUCCGGUUGCUGUCUACUGUGAGGAAUGCGAUAUUUCCGUGAGUUUUGAAGCAAAAAAAAUGAAAAAUUUUAAAUUAAAAAAAUUUAAAAGAUUAAAAAAAUGAAAAAUAUAAAAAAAUAAAAAAAAAAAAAUAAAAAAAAAAAAAUAAAAAAAUUAAAUAAAAAUUUUUUCGCGAUUUUUGCAUUGAAGAUUCCAGGCUCUAUUAGUAUUAAACCGUAAAAUUUUUGCACAAAAAAUCAAAUUUUUUCGAGCGGGAGCAAAAAAGUUAUGCGGGGAAAAUCGCUGCUCAUCUGGCCGACUAAAUUACUAUUUUUUGACUCCGCGAUAUUGAAAAAAGCUUGGAAAAACUUUAGAAUAAUUUUUUCUAAGACAUAUGCGGGAUUUUUUAGCUCGCGUUUUGCAGAAACAACCGAGAUUUUUUGGCCGAAAGUUGGAGAAAAUACGACAAUUUUUUGCGAAUUUUGAGAUAAAAAAAUUUGUGCUUAUUUCUACUGUAGAGAGUGAUCUUUCCACAAAAAAUCAAUUUUUUCCUCACAAAACUGGCAAAGAUACGGCCAAAAAGGGGGUUUUUCUCUGACCGCUCUCCACAUUUUGCGUGCUCUCUCGAAAAAAGUCGAAUAUCUCGGCGGCCGCUGGAAAGAGGGAGCUAAAACUUUCAGCGAUUGAUUUGUGAAUAGUUUAUAACGGUUUAGAACACGAAUUUUUUAUUUUCAUUUUUUCAGGUUAAAACUACGGUCAAAUUUGAACGCAACAACUUCAUCAAACGACUCCUCGUUUUGACGGCAAUUCUGGGAUUUUUCACCUUCGGAUUCACCUGGAUUUUAUUCCUGAUUCUCCUAUUUGUCCCCGGCUUCAAAAAAACGUAUCAUUUCUGCUCGAUCUGCAAGAAAUAUUUCGGAGUUUAUAACAAUUGA